UAUCUAUUUGAAAGUUGAGAGUUGAGAGUUGUUUCACCGCAUAACCCCCAAAAAUUAAUUUUCAUACCAGAAAUUGAUUUUAAAAAUAUUGCAAAAAGAAAAUUAAAACAAUUACCAGUGUAUCAAUUAUUAAAGAGCAAAAAUACCAUUUUUAAGAGAUCAAGAGGAAUUAUUUAUUGCAAUCUUCCUGAUUUUUAUUGUUUUUUGAAGUGUUUGGAAGUAUUAUAACCUCAAAAAUGGAAGGAUACACACUGCAAUUGGAUCCACGUACCGGUAAAUACCUGACACUCCACCUGUUCACGAAUAUUGAGAAUAGUAAAGAAAUCCGGAAAAAGCUUCAGUCUGGAAAGCUGCAGUGCUGUGUCCUGAAGGCGAGCAUGAUUGUGGAUCCCUUCCAGGUGGUGGUAGCUGCCAACAAAGCUGUCCUCAGACAGCACUCAGGAUGUAUGAUCACAAGGGGAGUCUUCACAGAGAUUCUUUACGCUAUUUCAUCCUCGACGAACAUCUCCCAGUCAUUGCUGAGGUUCGGGAUCGGUGACAGGGAUAAGAAUAUCCUGGUGGCUUUGCUUCACGAGGAGAAUGAGAAAGCUCAGCUGGAGGAAGAGAUUUUAGGAGAAAUAACAGGAGACAGAACAUUAAUCUCCAGGUUAGGAGAGUUUGUGGAUGUCGAACUCGUGAAGAAGACUUAUAAAAUUGUCGAGGAGGAGCUGAAGGUCUCCAGUCUCGAGGAUUCCAUCGUCAGUCGAAUAGGUAGUGACUAUUCAGUUUCCCUGAAGUGAUUUUGAUCCCAAGGAACGAGGAGAGGUCAGAGGAAAAUAAACUGAGUCUGAGAUUAAA